AUGCCGCUCUCCAACUCUACAUCCGCGCCGGCGGCCGAGGUGCUCCUCCCAGAAGGGCUCCGGUCGGAGUCGCUGCCGCGGCACGUGGCGCUGGUGAUGGAUGGGAACUCUCGGUGGGCGGCAGCGCGGGGCCUGCCACCGACAGACGGGCACGAGCACGGGAUGCGCGCGCUGAUGAGGACGGUGCGGCUCUGCCGCGCCUGGGGCAUCCGCGUCGUCACCGCCUUCGGCUUCUCGCUCGAGAACUGGAAUCGACCAAAGGCCCGCACCUAUAAUACCUUGUCAUUCCUCGAUCGUGCGCGCCCGCCAUGCAUACAUGCGGAGGUUGACUUCUUGAUGGCCUUGAUCGAGAGGUUUAUCAACGACAACCUCGCCGAGUUCAUGAGGGAAGGGACCCGUCUACGUAUAAUUGGUGACCGCUCAAGGCUGCCAAUCUCUGUGCAGAAGACCGCACGAGAUGCCGAGGAGGCAACAAGGAACAACUCGCGUCUCGAUCUAGUCCUAGCCAUCAGCUACAGCGGGCGGAUGGACAUUGUGCAAGCAUGCCGUAAGCUCGCCCAAAAGGUGGACGCCAAGCUGCUCAGGCCGGAGGACAUCGAUGAGUCGAUGUUCGCCGACGAGCUCCAGACCAGCUGUGCGGCAGACGAAUCCUCCUCCUCUUGCCCGGACCUGCUCAUCAGGACCAGCGGCGAGCUGAGGCUCAGCAACUUCCUGCUGUGGCAGUCGGCUUACUCUGAGCUCUUCUUCACCGACACGCUCUGGCCUGAUUUCGGGGAGGCCCAAUAUCUCCAGGCAUUGACGGCCUUCCAGAGCAGAGAUAGGCGCUUUGGUGCAAGAAAACAUAAUGCAGCGCUAUAA